AUGAAGCUUAAGGUGGUGCAUCGUCUUUGUGAGGAUCACCACCGAUUUUUGGAAGAUCGACUAAGCCAGUCUAAUUUGGAGGACAUCAGGGCUCCACAUGAGCAUCACCUCGAGGCGAUGAAGCAAAAGAUGGAGAUGUUGAAGACUACAACACGGCAUAGAUGCAGAGAUCUGGCAGGGGAAGGCCGAGGUAGAGAAGAUCGCCGAUCAUGGGGCCAAAUAAAUUUGACGAAGUCCUGGUGGUCUGGAGCAGUGAAAAGAGAAUGGCCUUUUGAGGGUAAGGAGAUAGUGCAUGCCGAAGGCUUUAAGAUGUGUGAAGAAAAUGGAAUAGAGAUCAACAAAGAGAUGGGUGAAGGAUCUGAGGUCACUGAGGCAGCCAACCUGGUGGAAGCAGAGCGAGCAGUAGCUAUCCAAAGGGUGCUGAAGACCUUACAGAGAGGCCAGGAUCUGAAUUUCAUCAAGUAUGUGUACUCCCGAAAGAAGGUUCGUCUGGAGUUGGCCUCUGAUGACGAUAGAGAGGCAGACCAGGAUGCAAAAGUGGUCAUGAAGGAGCAUGUCGAUCCCCCAAUUAAGGCACAGUCGAUCUCACGAUUGGACCCGAGCUCGAUAAUGGAAUUGCGGACUUCCUAUGCGGAGACGAAUCCUCCAAAUGAGAUGGCUUCAGCCUCACAAGGAGACACAUCUUGUAGUGGUAGGGAUUCAACUGAUUCCGAAUCAUGGGAAUCGAGGAAGGACAGAUACCAUGUGGAGCGAUCGAACUUGGAAGGAAAUAAUAACCAUGAAAGAUAA